CGUCAGUGGGUACAUCAAUAUGUCCUGCAUCCGGCAUUUCGCCCAAGAUUUCCCGAGAGGCUAUGCUCUUGCAAAAUCCAAUCUCGAGAGGUAUGGUCAAGGACGCCAGCCGUCUCUUCAUCACGCAGGCUGGUGUUGUCCAUAUCGAGGCUUAACCUGAACCAAAAAUAGUUAACAUAUAAGAUACUUUCGAGUGCUUUUGCACCUUUCCAAGGCUGAUUUCUUCAUUUGAGCAAGUUGAUAUCUAAUUCCAGGUCGUUCCACGCAUACAGCACUAUUUUUAGCUUGAAGAAGAAUGUCUGGAAGCACAACGCCAGAGAUCAAUAAUGAUUGCUGUUGGCCCUUUUACUGAUCAGAAUGCUUCAAUCCUUAAGAUUCCCAACUGACAAGAACCAAGAAUCGAUCGCAAUCGGGCGAUUAUCGAUUAACAAGCAGAGAACAGCAGAACAGCAGAACUUCAGAUGAUCAUCCCACGUGGAAAAGACACAAAAAGGUAAUGGUGUCGGGAAAGGCGCUUUGGAACAUCAGAAAAGCAAGCUAGUACCCCAUUUUUAUACCCCCAAGGACGAGCUUUUCCAAACAAAGUCUGCAAGAACUGAAUUUGAAGCAGGCCAAGGAAUAUUCUCGGACCAAAUUGUGGCCCGAGGUUCGACGAGGUUUGAACAGGUCACAAGAAGGCCCCACUCAUCGAUAAAAGCUCGACUGGGGAAAUAAACUUUUGUCUUCCGCGAACUAGAGACGAUAUGGAAGGAGGGGAUCCUUCCACGUUUUUGACGUCUCAAGACCAUGACCCACUCCCACUCAACGUGCUUACGCCAUGACGGGAGGCCACGAUGGUGACCCAUAUUCCCCUGCGUCCCUGCGGCGAGUGAUUCGGUACCUGGCCACGACCUGUUUGCUAUGUGUGGUCGUUUAAUCGUGGUUUACAGUGGUUAACAGUGCCAUUAUUACAAGUCUCUGCUGAUAGAGUUGUCAUGGAACAAGAGUAGGAAGAAAUUGUUUCCAAUGUUGAUCUCGACGGCCUUGGAGUUGCGACUAGGCGUAUGUACGCUCGGGAGGUUGGCACCUCGAAUGCUUGUCUAGAGUUCGGAUGUUUCCUAAAUUGGGUGCCCAGGUACCUGGCUGGAAUAUGAUUUUACAUUAUAAAUAAUGCAUAUUUCUUUCCCGGGAAACGGUUCUCGAUCACACUCCGCCAGCACGACUCCUCAGGUAGCUAUUGUUAAGGACGACACUGAGUAAAGCAUGUCUCUGUUACAACGGACAUGGUUGUUAGAUUAGAAACGGGUGGAAGCGUAGUCGAGAGUGGCUUGACGAUGGAUGAGGUUGCUCCGUUACUUGGUGAAGAUUUGCGGUGGAUCUCUUGUCAAGUUGUCAGACCGUCAUCCCAACUUUUCAGGACCCUGCACUGGCUGGUCCGCAGGAUCUUGGAUAACGCCGAGUGCAACUCCAAGAAAUAUCUGCAACGCCAAACUCGCACAUGGUUGCAGUCUCUACUAGUGGCAUCGCGCCUGUUGCGGCCAACAAUCUUCGAGAAGUUUUGCUCGCAUCCUUCGUUUCAUCACAUCAGCGGUAACGAAAUCGUCAAUCACAUCGCAGUUCACAAACUGAGCCACCCCCCGACAUCCUCAUCAGUACUCUUCGUGAUCGAAACUGUGAUAAGCCAACCAAGCAUCUAUAUCACAGAGAGGGAAACGUAUAUGUACCACACAGUUCAUAAAUCGAAACAAAUGAUCGCUAAUAUCUACCUGCAGUAUCGCCUUUCUCUAAUUGUAAGGUUGGAAAGUUUCAAAACUACGGAAUCACACAAUCCGCCAGCUACAGAUUUUAAAAUCAACGGGGAGUUCUGUAGCGCACACUAUUUGUGGUUUCGGCGCUAUUUCCCUUCUAUUCUCAAAACAUCAAAACAUCAAGACUUCCGAGUCGGUGGUGGUCUAUUCAGGAGGAGUAAUAUGAUAAUAUCUAGGCCGCACAAUGGGGAUUUUCCGAGGAAACGGUUCAUGUAGAGUAACCGCCAUGCUGACCUGCCGCUUACAGUACGGACGCCAUUCAAAUAAUUCCUUGCGCCACGUGAAAGAGCGCCUCCCCCGCUGAUCGCCCCUCCUUUAUCGUGUCUCAGGAACGAUGGGAAAUUCUCGGGUAUGUUGUGCUGAAGGUCAACCUUGCUUCAGUCGUGAUUCUUUGGAUCUUUUCACGUUCGUUAUGUGUGCCUAGCUAGAGUUCAGCUUUGAGGGAAGAUAAAUCUCAUCGAGAAAAGGUGUCUCAUGGGGGUUCAUCUCAUUUUUGCCACCUGCCUGCAGCCUGUGUUAUUUGUUUGAUAGCCUAGCUUUCAGGGGGUAUCAAAACAUUUCUUGAACCUUAUCCCCGCGAAAAGAAGGCAACGGUGAGGAAGAAAAUGUGCAACCCGAAGUACUCCGUAAAACCAAGUUAUUCCAUGUGGUAGGAUCAUUAUCUCAGUGGAUCACACACACCAAGAUGAUCCACGCAAGGUUACGGCGUGAAGCAUGAUGAAGAGCCAGACACUCUUUUCCAGGAGCUUCGUCCUGGAAUGCCUUUUUUCGUUAAACCACCUCAAAUUGGAAAGCCAUCACUCAGCCUGGUGUAUGUUACAAUAGGCAAAGUUGACCUCCAUGUCUCACAUCCCAUAUUGGAAGAAUCCUCAUCAAAUUCGUCAGCAUGAGUGCACCCGAUAGAACAAGCCGCCGCUCAAGAAGUCGAAGUCCGGCGGAAUCCCUCAUCUCCAAAAUAUCCAAAUUCGAUUCCCAAUCAAAUGCUCAUCGACGAACUCGCGGGAAUAGCUGGACAUCGGACAGAAAAGCCAGGAGCUCUUCAAGAAUGUCCCUCGGCCAAAGAGUUUCUGCUCAUGUCGGCGAUUUAUUAAUUGUACCAGAAAAUUCAUCUAGAAAGCUCAGCCGCCCGGGGUCUCCGUCUAGGUCCGAUUUUUCACUAUCAACUUAUAGGGAGAACACCCCGAGCCCUUUCCAUGAUCGCCCUGUAUCUGGACAGCCAUCAACUGUGUAUGAACAAGCGGAGUCAAUCGGAUAUAUGUCGUCGGAAAGAAUCGUGGAUAGAUCCACUAGAUCACCAGAAAUGAGGAACAAUCCCAAAAUUUCAACCACUCUCGGUAUUUUUCCAGCCCCGCCGACACCAUUAGAUCACUUUGAGAAAUGGUUUCCAAAGUCACCGAUGGAGGUAGCGAUGCCUAUAACAGAAACACCGGAGCCUUUCGUCGACAAGAGACUGCCUCACCCUCCCUACCAUGUCUUUGACCAUUCGCAAAAAAGGCUAUUGGUCAUUUUGGUUUCAUAUGUAGGCAUUUUAUCGCCUCUUUCUUCGAGUAUAUACUUCCCAGCAAUCACAGCAAUCUCGCGGGUAAGCAAUCCCUCUUGAAAAUGUGCUCCCUGCUAACUCAUUUGUAGGAAUGUAAAGUCAGCCCAGAAUCAGUCCUUCUUACAGUCACUGUUUACAUGGUUGUUCAAGCUAUCGCUCCAUUUUUGUGGAUGCCUAUAUGUAGUACUCUCGGCCGAAGACCGAUACUCAUCGGAUCACUUCUCGUCUUUCAGGCGGCAACAGUUAGCCUGAUGUUUCUAAGAAACUUUGUAGUCCUGAUGAUUCUUCGUGGAGUGCAAGCUUUUGGCACGGCAGCUUUGACAGCCAUCUGUGAGUCAACUUUUUCUGUUGAAGUUGCAAAUUACUAAUGAAUAAUCAGGCGCCUCAAUUAUUGGCGAUAUAUCCACAGGGAAAGAAAGAAGCAGAUUUCUCGGCAUUUUCGGUGGCAGUAAGCUUGCUUCAUUCUUUCGGCCCGCCUACGCUAAUAGAAAGUAGCUCUCAUGUUCACCUUCAUAGCUCCGACCAUAGGCGGCAUAUUGACCUCUUACGAGGGCUUCCACUCAAUAUUCUACUUCCUCGGCGCAUUUGGGUUGACAGCCUUACUACUCGUCGUUCUGGUUCUACCCGAAACACUUCGAAGCAUAGCCGGAGAUGGUUCUAUCCGUCUGAGUCGUGUUCAACAACCCAUGGUACACAUUAUGAAGAGAUCCAAGGACACGGUACGCGAGCCGGAUAGGAACAAUUUCAGCGCUUCUCUGACAUUCCUCUCCGCGGAUUCCUUCAUCGAGCCUCUUUACUGUUUGAAACAGAAGGACGUCAUCAUAACCUCGAUUGUUGGUGCCGCCACCUUUGGCAUAUCCACCGCUAUCAUCGCAACCACGAUUACUAUGUUCCACGGCCAUUAUGCGUUUGGAUACGUAGGAUUGGGACUAAUUUUCCUUCCAGCUGGUGUCGGCUCGUUGAUAUCUUUCUUCAGCAUUGGCUACCUCAUUGAUUAUGAUUUCAGAGUCACAGAGGCCCACUACAGAGAGAUUCAUGGGAUUGAUAUGGGGACCAAUCUUGAUUAUAGAAGUCUCCCUGACUUCCCUAUUGAGCGAGCUCGGCUGAGGAACAUGUGGUGGAUAACAUUAAUUUUCAUCGGGUCAACCAGUGGUUACGGAUUCUCAUUUCAUCUAUCAUAUGAUUACAUCGCUGUACCACUCGUCCUACAGUUCCUCAUCGCUGGCUCAGCGACUGCCAUGCUGCAGCUCAACGGUAUCCUAAUUGAGGAUUUCUAUAGAGGAAAUAUCUCUGUCACUCCGGUGGUCAAUAUGGUACGCUUCCUCGUCGGCGCUUUGGCGGUUGCUAUCACCCAACCUGCUAUGGAGCGUAUCGGUUCCGGGCUCACCUUCCUCAUCAUGGCUCUGUCCAUGUUAGGUCUGUGUCCUAUUUCAAUCAUGCAAUAUUUCUUGGGUCGCCCCUGGCAAGCAAAGAGAAAUAGCGCGUGGCCUCGUCAACGGCUUGUUCGUGUUCCGGGAUUCUUCCAUAGUACUGAUGCAUUGGCGGGGAGUGUGAAAAGAGUCAAGUUUCCCUCGAGAAGGAGGGAAGACGUUUGAUGGGGCUUCAGAAGAGAGUUUAAACUUUCGUAUUUGGGGCGUUUUUAUGAUUAUGGGAAGAGGUGUCUGCUGGGACAGAUGUUGACGGUCUUUAUGAACUUACGACUACGAGUCUGAUGCGGAAACAUGUUAGCUGAGAUAAGGGUUCUUCUUGAUGGGGAAACAGACACAUUAAAGAUAAAUGCGAAAUGAGUUGGUUUGAAGCCUAAGGGCUUUGAUUGCAAGCUGUGGACGAGUUAGCUUCUCGUCAGGGAUGAAUGGGUUUUAUGGAUUGCAAUUCCGGCGUUCACUGGGCGAGCCAAAUAUGAGGGUGAAUACGUUCACUCUCAAAGGGGACGGGAGUAAUGUGGGGAGGGGCUGGCGUUGGUCUACCUUUUUAUAUUGGACAUAUAUGUCACUAGCUCUCUACGUGGUUUUUAUUGUUGUAUACGCAUUGAGUAGUUGAUUCUGAGCAUUUUCUGUUGCUGAAGAUUGUAAAGGGGGAACAGAAGUUAAUAAUAC